AUGUCUUUCCCGCAUCCAAAGGAUUUCCAAGCUGUCCCUCGGCGCAAGACGGAAGAGGAUAUUCGUGACGGCUACAAGCGCAUCAAGGACAUUUACAUUCCCACCAGAGAUGACUCUGUGAUCUGCUGCAACGUUUACUUGCCCUUGCGCGACAAUCCUGAGAAGUUCCCCGUCCUUCUCACUUUGGGUCCUUAUGGCAAGGACAUUCACUUCUCUGAAUUUGGCCUGCCUCACACUGACAUGUAUUCAAACAUGGCUAAGGCUAUUGAGCCACUCGGGCCAGAUGCAUGCUUUGAAACUCCGGACCCAGUCAUUUGGUGCAAGGAUCAUAGUUAUGCUCUCGUAAGAUGCGACGUCCGAGGGUCAGGUGGUAGCCCUGGCGUCCUUGAUCCCUUCGGCAUUGGUCGGACAGACCUCAUCGGUGAUGACUCUGAAGGAAAUGACGCGUAUGAUAUAGUUCAAUGGGCUGGUACCCAGGAAUGGUCAAAUGGCAAGGUCGCCAUGUGUGGUAUCAGUUACUUUGGCAUGUCCUGUUACUGGGCAGCGAUGCAUCAACCACCCCAUCUCGCAGCUAUCGUUCCAUAUGAGGCCUUGACGGAUCUAUACAGAGAUAAGCAUUGGUUCAACAACAUCAUCGUUCCUCAACAGUACGGAAAAAUUGAAGGUCUCAGUGAUGAGCAGUUGUUCAAGCAGCAUUUUGACUACGAAACCCUCGCCCGUCACUGGAUCUGGCGUAGCGAGGGUCCUUGGCCUGUGUUUGACCGCACUAGAGAUUUGUCUAAGAUUAAGGUUCCAAUCCUCACUGCAGGUAACUGGAUGGACUCUGAGGUGCAUCUUCCUGGAAAUCCAACCUCAUUCGAGAGGGCAUCUUCAGAAUGGAAAUUUCUUGAGAUGCAUACUGGUAAUCAUCUGGCUGCUUACUAUGACCCCGUACAGAUCGAGAGACAACUUAAGUUCCUUGACUACUUUCUCAAAGGCAAGACGGAAAACAGGCUAGAAUAUUCCCCUCGAAUUGACCUACUUAUCCGCCGAGGUACGCACUACUUCUAUCGGACGGAGAGAUCCUGGCCACCGAAAGACGCCACCUACACGCCUCUCUAUCUGGCUCUAAACGAGACGCUGUCUUUCGAGCAAUACAGUCCUUCCUCCAAAAAUGAAGCGAUUACGUAUUCCGGCCUAUCAGGCAAGGCUUUCUUUGAGACUGCGCCUAUGAAGGAGAACUUUGAGAUCUUAGGUUACCCUUUCCUCGAACUGACUGUAUCCACCGACGCGCAGGAGAUGGACAUCUUUGUUUACUUCCAUGUCAUUGAUCCAGAGGGCAAGAAGCUCGUUUUUCGCGGCAACCACGACGAGCCUGCCGUGUCCUUUGUUCGAAGCUGGUUCCGUCUGUCUCACCGAAGGCUGUGUAACACAUCAACCUCAGAGAAGCCAAUCUUAGAUCAAAUGAAGCCGGCACUGAUUGAGAAGAACGAGUAUUACGAUGUCAAAAUUCCGAUUCCACCAACCUCCAUUAUUAUUGAACCGGGUCACAGGCUCGCUAUUGCAUUGCGUGCCAGCGACGAGGAGGAGAUUAUUCCUCCUAUGCGCCAUGUCGGUCCGGACAGGCCAGAGAAUCUUCUCUCUGGCACGAAUAGAAUUUUACUCGGCGGUAAACUUAUAGUUCCUGUUAUCAAGCGUGGUUAA